GUCUCUCGACGUGCGGGUUGCUGGAACUUACUUGGAUCGACGCGCGGCGGGGAAAGGAGGCCAGGUGGGAAAGGAGGUCAGGAGUCUUGAAAUACGGCCCAACCUCCACCCAUCUUGCCGGUGGUGACGCGUAUCCACAGUACAACAUGGAUCCAAGGUGGUCUUCAAUCGACCCUUUGCUUUCAAUCGAGAUUGGCUGCCUGUUUGGAAAGGCUAAGAAUCAGAAAUUGGAGAUGAAACCAAAGAACAUCGCCCUGACCCAGAGAAAAAAUUCGUUUGUAAUCAUUGUCUCCUCUAAGACCAACGAGAGAGCCAAGACAGAAAUCAAUCUGUCGGACAUCACCAAUUACCGUCUGUUUUCAGGAGAAGGCCUGGCAACACCUCUGCUUCGGAUGAAUGCAUGGAAUGGCGAGUACACAAUCAAGUUUGAUGUAGACAGAGAUAGAGCUAACUGGAUGGCACAUCUCAAAGUUGCCAUUGGCAUGGUGCAGAAGAACUUUGAAUGGCUGUCCUACUUUCUGUUCGUGAUCUAUCCGUCUUCAUCCGGCCACAAGGAUCCUGCAUUGCUGCGCCUACUGCCGGAAGAUGAGCCUGUGGAGAUUGUUAUUGAGAACCCGAUUACGCAUGAUGAUAUCCAGCGCUUCUAUAUGCGGCAGUUGCUAGAGUUUGACUAUUCAAAUGGCAAUAUUGUGGUUCUAACAUUCACCAACAACACCGCAGUGACGUCACAUGAAUGUGUGAAGAGCAAGUUUGACUUCAGAUGUUUCUGGGCACGUAGUCUAGUGGCUGUGCUGACAAAGCGUUUAACUGCCCUCGGCCUUCCUUUCAAGUCAGCCAAAGUUGGCGGGGAAUUCAGACGAUCAUUCUCAAAGGAUGAAGCUCCUCUUUCUCCACAACGUAAAACGGUUGAUUUUCAAUCGAAUCGCUUCCCUUCACCUCGCGAUGAUGCAACGAGUCCACGGGACAGCAGUGCCGAAAGUGAGCGAUACCGUAGACGAUCUGAUGGACAAUGGCCAGCGAAUACCGCCAAUAGCAGUGCAGUACCGGAAGCUACUGGAGCAGUGCUUGCCAAUUCAGGAGCUGCAGAUUACCCAGAUUCUAAGUUGCAGCAGGUUCCAGAGCAUUUCCCACCAGCACCCCCACCCCCGACAAACGUGCCGGAAGAAGCGAUUGACGGCGGUGAGGAAUACCUAACGGACGCUUCCGCUCUUCCUCCUCCACCAGCUUUCUUAUCCGAGCCACCACCUCUGUCAUCUCCAUCUCCAUCUCCAUCUGCACCCGUUACGGAGAUAUACCCCGAUGCUACACGCGUUACGGAGAUAUACCCCGAUGCUACACGCGUUACGGAGAUAUACCCCGAUGCUACACGCAUUACAGAGGUAUAUCCCAAAGCUACACACAGGACCAGGACACAGUCUAUAAGCCCGUCCCCGCUUGAUGCAUCUGCCAAGGGAGAUGGAGCUAAAGCAAAGUGCCUCACUCUUCCAAAUCGAAAAAUUCGUCGGAUUAGCAGAGACGUUCCGACGGAUAAACCCAGUGAUGAUGAGUAUGCGCCCCUUAGCCCAGCAAAGAACACACGCCCAGUGGACUUGGAAGCGUUCCGCCGCUCUUUUAGGAUUGUGCCACAAUAUUCUACAGAUAGUGAUGUUGGUGUUGCACCGGCAUUGCCAGUUUCGCCAAUGACUCCAACUCACGUCCCUCGCAACACUCCCACAUCGACAGCAUUGGGUGCGAUGAGCAGGCAGGACUCGGGUUUAUAUGUCAACAUGGAGGCAUUCAGCCAAUUUCACCUUCACGAAGACAUCGAACCAAUGUAUCCACCAACCCGAAGUCCUCCCAAGCCCUCUAAGCCACCCAGAAGGCAAACGUCAUUAACAGAAAAUACGGAAACAGAUGCACUGGAUCAAGCGGCUUGUGGUACAGUCAAUGCACGGCAAGACCAGCAAGCGUACUCUACUAGCGAAGAGCAUCGCAAGGCUUUUCGAGCUGGAUCAGCUCGGCCCAAACCUGCACCUAGGCCACAUAGUCUAAGAGGGCUGGACUGGACAAAGGCGAGUCACCCAAGUGAGUGAACGUAAGCGUUCAGUAGAAGACGACCCAACAUAUGAUGAUCUCAACCUGCAAAGCAAGGAACCAACGGCAGGUGUUCACAUACAUCCUGUGGCUGAGAGAUAUGAACGUGCCGUCAUGUCCGCACACAGCCCACAGGACGAGGCCAUGGGCUUGUUUGAGUCCUUUGAGAGCGAUCCCGAGUUCCCCGAAGAUGAAAAUGGUUCGCAAGCGGGUGAUAAUGCAGUGCAUUACCAUCAUCGGAACGCGUCUCCAAUUUUCACGCCUCUAAGAAGCACUAGAAGUGGCGAGGAAGAUGAGGAAGGUGAUGGUUCUCUGGAGAUGUUGAGCAAUGGAGGGCCGGGUGCUCCUUGGAUUAGACGCAAUGUGUUUCAACGGCGUGUCACUGAAGGAACUGUGGAUGCGCCUGAAGCGGCCGGUUUUCUCAACAAUGACCAUCCACAUGCCCUGGAGGAGAGAGAUGAUUAUGACAAAGAGGCUGCAUCAUAAGAACUAGCUUGUAUUGCAAACUGCCAGUGUGUGUGUGUGUGUGUGUGUGUGUAUGCACGCGGAUGCGCAGGCGCACGGCACGCACAUGUGUGUGUGUGUGUGUGUGUGUGUGUGUGUGUGUGUGUGUGUGUGUGUGUGUGUGUGUGUGUGUGUGUGUGUGUGUGUGUGUGU